GGAAGAGACCAUUCGACGGGCAAAGCUGACCGUAGUAAUAGCCCAAGAGGAAGAGAUUCUUCCCGUAACACAAAAUCGCGAUCUCCACGAAAUAUUCGACAACGGAACAAGCACGCGAUGGGCUCAAAUUUCAAGGGAUCGACGGGAAGCCUUUCAAGUUAUGACGGGAGGUAUGAAGGAAAUAAUUCUGGAGAUCUUUUUGGAGAAUAUAGAGGGUACGGAGGUUUUUCCAGUGAUUCUCAGAUUCAGGGUGUUACGUUAAGGGCCGCAGAAUCAAACUCUGGGAGUUAUACCAGCGGUAUGAAUUAUGUAAGCAGUGACUUCGUUGUUGGGACGAAUCAUACUAGUAGUCUGAUUGCGUCUGGAUCUCAGAUGAGACGAAUCGAGUCAGACCAUGACCAGAAGCGCAAAAAAGUUCGCGUCAAACCGCACAGUGCCUUCCAGAGUGCGACAUUCAUGAACGAAACAGAUCUUUAUCAGUGCAUGAUGGCUGGAUCUAGCAACUUUGUAUUUCUAACUUCAUAUUUGACUCCAAGUACUAAAGCCACUCGUCACGCAAAGGUCUCUCAAGCUGUUCAACGACACUUUGGCUCUCCCAAAGAGGACGGACGAAUCGGGUCUCUACGACUCGAGAUCUUGGGGUGUGUAGGGCUAGAUCGUUUCAAGCCUGAAGUCUCCGUCUAUGCAGUCUGUGGUGACUGUGCCUUCACGACUGACAUUAUUGAAGGAACCCGGUCUCCCAUGUGGCCAAACUCAUCGAAGCGAGCCACAGUCUUUCCUCUUCACCAUGCUUACGCUCGCGCAUUUAUCGGGGUUUUUGAUGUUAAGCAACAGAAAGAAAAAGAGGCUGAUUAUUUAUGCGGCAGGGUGACUAUCGAUAUUGCCUCGUUACGCCCAGAUACGGAAUAUGAUAUUACUUUCCCUUUGCGAGUAUCAUCAUUCAUAUACGACCGAAGGCCUCGAGGGGUUGUUCGUGUUCGGUUCUCUCUCCAUUGGUUCAGCGAGAGAUCUGCCCUUCUAAGUUAUCUCAAACGCCCCCGUAAUCCAUUAGCUUUUUCUAGACAAGCUAAGAAAUUUCCAACAAUUCCAUGUGGGGAUCCAAAAACUUUUCGAAACGUGGCUGUAACUGUACAUGGGCAAGAUUUGUAAGUGAGACAUUGACGUAAAGCAAGGGAACUUUUGUCAAUCCAACUUUUCUAUCACUCAAAGGAAUGAUUUCGUGCUAUUCCAACUAUGAUUCUCUCUCGCUCUUUUCUAACUUCAUUCUACUUCUCCAGCCCAGGAAAAUAUACCCGGGCAGCAUUU